UUCGUAAUUAGUAUUAUAAUUUCAUGAUACUAAUGAUGUUAAAAGCAUCGCAUUUGAAGUUAAAAGAGCAGUUUUUUGAAGGGCAAAAAACGAUGACGUCAUUUAGCUGCGACAAACAUCGUCUCCACCGUGAAGGCAGCAUGAUGGAAGUCUCUCCUUCAACUGUUUCUCUCAGAGAGUUCGGGUGUGAACAAACCUUACUGUCCCGUCCUGAUGGAUCGGCGUCCUUCGUUCAGGGAGACACCAGUGUGAUGGCGGGAGUCUACGGACCUGCUGAAGUCAAAAUCAGCAAGGAAAUCUACGACCGGGCAACCCUGGAGGUUCUGGUUCAUCCCAAAGUGGGACUGCCGGGUGUGAGGGAGCGAUCACAGGAACAAUGUGUGCGGGAAACGUGUGAGGCGUCUCUGCUUUUAUCUCUCCAUCCUCGCUCGUCGCUCACGCUCAUCCUGCAGGUGCUGCACGACGACGGUGCCCUCCUGUCCUGCUGUCUGAACGCAGCCUGCAUGGCCCUGAUGGACGCCGGCUUGUCUAUGAGUUGCCUGUUUUGUGGAGUGACCUGCGCCAUCAGCGCAGACGGUGAAAUCAUCACAGACCCGACUGCAGCACAGGAAAAGGAAAGUCGAGCUUUGAUGACCUUCGCCAUCGACAGCAAAGAGCGCAGAGUGAUGAUGUCAUCAACCAAAGGCUCGUUCUCGGUUCAUGAGCUGCAGCAGUGCAUAGCCGUCAGUCAGAAAGCGUCAGAGAAGAUCUUCCAGUUCUACAGAGACUCCGUCAGACGCCGAUACUCCAAGAACCUUUGACCCAAUCUGUUUUUUUUUGUUUAUAUAUAUAAAGAUUGUGAUGUAAUAGAAUAUUUACCAACUCUGUGCUGUCUUCCUUUAGCUCAGGCGCACAGACAGGCGCACUGUCUGAGUAAAUGGGCAGGAAAUAAGUAGAGGAAUGGCCGAUCUUAGUUAUGUGCAUUUAUUCACUGAUGUUCCACUUAAAUAUUCACAGUUAUUUCACACAUGUAAGCAGAACCAGUCCAAGGAUUUCUGAGGCCUGCAAGCACAGGCUGAAUGGUUGAAUGGUUGGCCCACUGUCCACCACCCCAUCAUCUGUAAGCUUAAAUAUUUGUGGAGUUUAAACAAAGCAUUAAUGUGGGGACAAGUAUAAAAUCAGGGUUUUUUUUUUUCAAAAUCUGAAAAACUAGACAAGCAGAAGAUGAGGACGUACGGAGUAUCAGGGGGUCACAAUAUUAAAUAUACCAUGCAGAUCUUUGGAAUUAAAUGCAUCAUAAAAUUAAUAAAUAUAUUGUCAAAUUAAGUAAUUGACCAUGAAAUAAUCAAAAAUACAAUUUUAAAUAAGUCUUUUAAAGAACUUUUAGUUUAAAAUACGGAGUUAUUUUAUGGCUCCUGCGAGCCCGUCGUCAUGGAAACCCUGACUCUCGGGCUCCCCCUGGUGGUGACAGUGGGCUUUGCAAACAGCCUAAAAAGAAAAAAGCAACUGAAACCAUAUGAAUUUAUCGACUCCCUUUCACUCUUAUUGUAAUAGUUAGAAGAAGUGACACAAAAUGAGUAAAACCCUGAGCCGUGGCAGCUGCUCCGUCAAACUGAUGCACAUUUAUUUCUUUGUUAUAAGACACGAAAACAUCAAAGGGUUGGUCGGUUUUUGUUUUUUAGUAGAUGUGUGGAGACAAACGGCGAUUCGGGUCGGUUGGAGUCGAUGCCGUGUGCAGAACGUCAGUGGAGCUGAGGGUAAGACUCACAGUGUGGUGACAACAUUAACAGUCUUAAUAAACUAAAACAACAGAAAAAGAGUUAUGUUGCUUUCAGCUCAGCUGUGGACUCUAUAAAAACUGUACAGCAAAAUAGAAAAUUUUGGCUUUUCCCUCACAGCUUUUUUUUUUUUGUACAUUUUGUAGCACUCCACACAGUUCUGCAACAAUUUGGUACCAGUGAUUUAAGUAUUUGAUAAAGGGUUUUACUUUCUGGUACCUGUUAGCAUCCGAGAAAAUUAUCACCACCAUUUAAAAACUAUAAAACUACAACAGCGUAUUUGGGCCAUUGAAGAUAAAAGGAGUACAUUUUCACC